UUUUUUUGUAGUUCACUAACUUGGGUAUUAGGUAAUUAACAUGCUUCGUUCGGCAAUUCCCUCGUCGAGGACAGCAGCGCAAACAUUAUAGAGAUGUCCAGAAUAUCCCCAAACUUGCCUGUUACCUAUUCGUUGGUGUUGUUUUGGGAAAUGCUUAAGUCCCAGUAUGUGUCUCCACUUUUGAAUAAAUGUCUAAGGCAUAAGAAGAGACUCAAGUGCAUAUAUAAAUACCCACCUGCAGUAUCUUUAUAUAAAAUCAUCUAGGUGGGCAACAUUCUCUCCUAUUUUUAUAGCUUUGUUCUGUGGAAGGAAGUUAAGGGCAAAUUUUCGUUAUGAGAAUAUUUGAAAUCAGCUUGGAUUUUAUCCCACUUACAACAAUUAAAUGCCAUUUCAGGAUUCAGUUAAAUGUGAAUAAGUUCCCAAAAUAAGCUAGAUUCGUAUAGCUCGCGAACGACACGAGUGUAAUAAUAUAAUGUUUCGUACAAUUAGUAGCACAAUUUGCAGAUAAUAUAAACGAAGGAGAGAUUAUCUCAAAUGUGUUAAUAAGAGGCAAAAAACGCCGACAAGAGCAACCAGUUUUCACUAACAACUAGUUGUCAUCAGAUUUUGUAAUGCUGGUCAGGUAUUCUAUGGUUUCUAACUGGCAUGUUAACACAGGGUAUACAUACAUAUUACUGAAAAGGUAUACAAUUAGAGAUAUUCCCUUUGAAAUCGGGGUGUAUGGUAGUCACAGUAGCCCCGCCCAAAGUGUAGGGGCCAUAAAGAUUGUUGUUUAUUUAUCUGCAUAUUAUCUGCACAUACAGACAACGCCACGUGAUUUAAGCGUGUAUUAUUUGUACAGAUUUUUAUAAGUUCUACAUAUAUGUACCAUAUAUACAAAUCAAAUAGCACAACUCAGCGGCAUAUCUAUCUAGAUGUGUGUGCAGUAUACAUAUGAACAUAUGCUUAUAUGUGUGCCUCUUUGAGAGGGCCUUGCAAAUCUCUCGAGUGGGAGCUUGAAUAGUGCGUGAAUAAGUCGAGUACUUGAUUUUAUCAGUUAAGCAGAUAUCACCCAGAAGUUUUUUCACUUUUCAGCUCAUCAACAUAUUUGCGCAAUUUCUGUCUAAAGUGAACCGUUUAAUUGCGCAGCGCAGCGUGUAGCACGAAUACGAAAGUGUGCCCCGGGUUCAGCACCCGCCGUCCCCUGUCCACACUCACAUAGACACACACAAAUGACGUCCUGCUGGCAUGUUCACCGUCAGGAACAAACAAUAUAGCGAUUGUUAUAAAAAGUUCGUCGUAUGGUUGGCACUUUCAUCUGGCUAUAGAUAGACGGCAGACGGCAACAGAUGUGCAUCAGAGCAGUGCAACAGUGUACUUCAAUACGUUAGCUGAUUGAAGGCUGAAAAUACACAAUAACCAAUUACCAAGCAGUUAGCCACAUUCUUGGUAACUUAAUUUUGUGGCAAGCGCUAUGGCGGAGGACGAGUUGCAAGCACUUGUGGAACGCCUCGAUGACGCCUCGGCGGAGAACAUUGCCAAUGCCAUUGCCAACUUCUCGCUAGAGAUGCUGCAGAGAGCCAGCGCGCUAAUUGGCACCCAACAGCCGCACAGCGGUGAUAUACUCAUUAACCGCACCCUGGAGGACCAGUGCAAGCAACAGGCUGAGCAGCAAGAUGCCCUAUACUCAAGCCCGCAUUUAAGCCACACGGGGAUAGACCAAUAUAGCAGUAGCAAAGCAUCAGCUGACAAGCCGACCUUGUAUUGUCCCACCUCCUUUGAUUCGGUGCUCUGUUGGCCUCGCACCAGCGCCAGUACCUGGGCUAUUUUACCCUGCUUCGAGGAGUUCAAGGGUGUCCACUACGACACAACAGAGAAUGCAACGCGCUUUUGUCAUGCGAACGGUACGUGGAAUCAUUAUUCCAAUUAUAGCAGUUGCCAUCAGCAAUUGGGCUCGGUGCCUGUUGUUCCAGACUUCUCAGCCAGCGUGGAUCUGCCGGCGAUUAUCUAUGCUGGCGGUUAUUUCAUAAGUUUUGCAACUCUGGUGGUGGCGCUUAUAAUAUUCCUAAGCUUUAAAGAUUUGCGCUGCCUAAGAAAUACAAUACAUGCGAAUCUAUUUCUAACAUACAUCACCUCAGCGCUUCUGUGGAUCUUAACACUUUUCCUGCAAGUGAUAACAACUGAAUCUAGUCAGGCUGGCUGCAUAACGCUGGUCAUUAUGUUUCAAUACUUUUAUCUGACUAAUUUUUCCUGGAUGUUUGUUGAAGGUCUCUAUCUCUACACCUUGGUCGUGCAAACAUUCUCUAGCGAGAACAUAAGCUUUGUUAUCUAUGCAUUAAUUGGCUGGGGCUGUCCAGCGCUCUGCAUUUUGUUUUGGUCCAUUGCCAAGGCAUUUGCAUCGCAUCUGGAGAACGAGCAUUUCAAUGGUCUGGAAAUUGAAUGUACCUGGAUGCGUGAAUCUCAUAUUGAUUGGAUAUUCAAGGGGCCGGCCUCAUUGGCGAUUCUAAUUAAUUUAGUAUUUCUUAUACGCAUUAUGUGGGUACUCAUCACCAAAUUGCGUUCAGCACACACAUUGGAAACGCGACAGUAUUAUAAGGCCUCCAAGGCUCUUCUUGUGUUAAUACCCCUCUUUGGUAUUACGUAUUUGCUAGUGCUAACUGGACCCGAACAGGGCAUCAGCCGUAAUCUCUUUGAGGCAAUGCGAGCCUUUUUACUCAGUACACAGGGUUUCUUUGUGGCUCUGUUCUAUUGCUUUCUGAACUCUGAGGUGCGCCAGACGCUGCGGCAUCGCUUCAUAAGAUGGCGUGAGAGUCGAAAUAUUCAUCGCAGCAGCUCCCUUAAGAAUCGUAGCACCGAGGAGUGUGUAAUCUGUUUGCGGCCGUCGCUGCACACACGUGUUGGCUCGUUAAAACACUGUCACAGCAUUGAUCUUACCGAUUUUGUUUAGACAAAACUGAUAUUGAUAUAUAUGUACGCUCUCAACAAAAUAUACCAACACACACCUACAAUUGUUCUCAUGUUACGAUAACCAAUCAAACAGUUUUUUUUGUGAUUUAUAAUACAACAAUUUUAAAACUCGAUUAGGAUAUGAUAACACUUCAUUUGCCAACUUUGAAACGUGCAUUUUUUUUUAAAUACCAAAAAAAAGUUUGCGUGCUUAAACUUGACUUGAAGUUUAUUUUUGUUGAAAAGGUUUAAAAUUAACGUAUUUUUGAUAUUUAGUUGCAAAAUCUCUUUUAAGUACAAAAUAAUAUUAAACAUAAUUUUUUGGGUCAACUAAGAUUAGACUUGUUCACAGUGCAGCUUCAAAAACAGGCAUUACAAAUAUUUCAGAUGGAGGUGUACCGAAUAUUGUGAUCGAGUUGUUCAUUAGUUGCACAGUGGACAGCUUUACUACAAUUAUAAAAAAUUAGCUAUAAGUUUUCUAGUUUUUGUCAAAUACGUGCCAAUGCGUGCAAAAUUUGUUGUUACGAUUACAUAUGUGUAUAUUAACCCUAGUUUUUUGUAUUUUUUAAAUUUUCAUUUGUUUUUUGUUUGCUUCCUAUUUAUUUAUUUUUUUAUAAGGUCACAUUGUUUGUAUCACUGAUAAUGUAAUUUAAAAUAAUCCUAAUACAAAACGAAACACAAAACGAUUUGCUGUCAUACAAUCUAUUCUUGUAUGUAUACUAAACAAUAUCAUGUUUUUGUUUGAAUAAAGCUUUAAAAUUAUCAAAAGUA